AUUAAAGUGACGGGGAGUCCAACGCUAUUUAAGGUCUUCAUCACUACGACUCUGACUUAGUUGUAACGAUCGAGUGCUGUGCUAAUUAUUAAUUCCUUUCCUUCGGUCAUCUUCAAAAUAAACUUGUCGCAUCUGUUGCAUUCGGACGAAAAGAAGGAAUCUCUGAAUUAAAUAUUACUAUAAAUUAUAAUUGUGCAAAAAAAAUAAUAAAGAGGAUAAGUGAGGGGCCGCAGGAUUUUAGAAAACUUAUCUCACGGCCGGACGAAUGUUGGCUGAAAGUUUUCGCAACACAAGUGAAGGAGUUUCGUUCUUGAAACUCAAUACUCGUUACAUGAUCAACUAUUGCCAAGCGAAUUGCAAAGAUGGGUCAAGAAGUGUUACUGAUUCUGAUCAUCUUGGUAGGAUACAGCUACAUUCAGUGCUAUCCGACAACGCCUCAGCUGAAAAAUCUUCCGGAGCAGCUGCAGGUGUGCGGCAGUUACUUGGCAACUGCCAUUUCGGUUAUCUGCGACGGAAAGUACAAUCCCUACAAAGGAAAUGAAACUAGACGAAACAUACUGAUCAACAGAGGUCAGCUGCAAUUCCCAUUCAAGCGCAAGGAGGAGACGUCGAUGUUCUUAAGGUACAAGAGGCAUCGAAGGGAGGGGGUCUCCGACGAGUGCUGCAAAAAGCCCUGCACCCAGGACGAAUUGAGGACGUUCUGCCUCUAGCCAAAACAAACAAUAUUUACACUAUUGUAAUAUGUGAUAAUCAGUAUUUAUUAAACGUAUAAUGUGAUCGUACAAGAGAAACGAAUAGAUAGGCCAAGUUUGGAAGUGGUCGUGCGGAAAAAAAAUAGGAGGACAAGUAAUAACACGAGGAAAAUGGAACGAGAACUGAAAGCGAAAGAAGAGCAUAAGACAAAUUGGGGAUCAGGGAAUCAUAGGAGACCCAUUUCGUUGAAUUCGAUUUGUAUUUUGUUAACUAGUCAUGGUGCAGCGAUGCAGCAGAAAAGGGGCAUUCCUGUUUGUUUUUUUAGUGAAAUUUUAAACGUGAAAUUUAUUAAGUUUUAAUUCUUUGUAUAGGACUUAAUCAGACAAGCUGUGUUAUUAUCGUUAUUGUAAAUGUUUUAUUGUUGUUUUUUUAAUUGUUUCACCGUGUACAAUAGAGAAAUCGACGAAAGAAAAGAAUGUUAGUGACCUGCGAUAUUCUCAUUACUACUACUACAAUUACAUUUUUUUUAAUAAUUAUAAAGAUUUGAUUAAUUAAUCAAUUAGAUUAAGAUUAUUACUGUAUUAAUUAGAUACGAGACAAAAAUUCGUGGUCAUUGAAAAAUAUGUUUGUUUUGCAUCUCAUGAAAAAACUGUGUUAUAUUUAUAUUUUAAGGAUUUUAGAUAAAAAUAGAAGAGAAAAAAGAAUCAGAAACUGACAGUGAUGACCUUGUGAUACAUAGAUUUUAACAAAUAUAUAAAUAUAUCUGAAUAUGCAUACAUCAGAACGAGAUUGAUUUAAUUAAGGGCAGCAAUCAUUUGUUUAUCGCGUUGGUGGCAAUUGUUCGCUCACGCUCAUUGCAAUCUAGACAUUAAUUCAAAUGAUUAGUAAUUUGCAUAUGGGUACGACUCGUGUUCAUAAUCUUCUCAUCUACGAAAACCGCUUUUCCCGUUCGCUUUUUCCGCGCCAACGGAUCGCAGAUCCGGCUAAUGCUAAACUCGUUUAUGAAUUACGAUGAUAAGACUAUCAGUUCCGGUUCUUUAUUUUUAGCAAUUUGCGAAAAUAACGACGCCGAGGACACCUCAAAAACUACAUGAAACGAUCAAACGAAAGACAUUUUUU